AUGAAUCUAUUGACUUUUGCAGGUGAACCUCUUCCUUGUCCGGUCGGGGAUGAAGGUAUCAUUACGCUCGUCACUUUUCUAUGUGGAUCCCAAGCAAGAGGUACAGUACGACUCGCAUCCAAGAAUCCGUCAAGUGCACCAAUUAUCGACCAUGGCUUUCUCGAAAAUGAUCUCGAUGUAGCUGUACUUGCUGAGGGUUGUCGGAUUGGUCAUGAAGUGCUGAUGAAAGGUCGAGGAACGAAAGAUAUCAUGGUUGGUCCAUGGCCGAAAACAGCAUCCCAUCCAAACGAUCUGGCUGGUUGGAAGCAGCAUGUACGAGCUUUCGCCAACACCUGUUAUCAUCCAGGUGGUACAUGUAAAAUGGCACCUGACACCGAUUCUAUGGGGGUAGUGGACCAUCGGCUUCGCGUAAGAAAUAUUGAGGCCUUACGAGUGGCAGAUGUAUCCAUAAUGCCUUUACUAAACAAUGGACAUACACAAGCUCCUGCAUACGCUGUUGGUGAAAAAGUAGCACACAUGAUUUUGGAAGAUGCUGCCCUCGCAAACUAA